CGGACGCGGGCAAGGCCAUCCUGCCCUUGGGAGCCCCCUGCGGCCCACCCCGCAGGUCACCCAUCGCACUGGAGCGAGCUCGGAGCUCCGCUUGCUAGCUCGCGCGCUGGAGCCUCCCCGGCUUCGGAUUGGACGAGAGAGGACCGGGCGGGGCGGCGGCCGGGACUCAGCAGCUGGGUGCAGACUGUGCCCGGACGCUGCUGCGCGGAGCAGGCGGGCUGCGUGGAGGAGUCUCCGCGAUGUUCGACAGCUCGCAGUACCCCUACAACUGCUUCAACGACGACAACGACGACUACCCCGCUGGCAGCUCGGACGAGGAGAAGCGGCUCACGCGGCCCGCGUACAGCUACAUCGCGCUUAUCGCCAUGGCCAUCCAGCAGAGCCCCGCGGGCAGGGUGACACUCUCCGGCAUCUACGACUUCAUCAUGCGCAAGUUCCCCUACUACCGCGCCAACCAGCGCGCCUGGCAGAACUCCAUCCGCCACAACCUGUCGCUCAACAGCUGCUUCGUCAAGGUGCCGCGGACGGAGGGCCAGGACAAGGGCAAGGGCAACUACUGGACGUUCGCCGGCGGCUGCGAGUCGCUGCUGGACCUCUUCGAGAACGGGAACUUCCGCCGGCGCCGGCGGAGGCGACGCGGCCCCCGGUGUGAGCGGCCCAAAGCAGGGAGCGCAGAGGGACCCCCGGGUCCACCAGAACCCGCCUUGGACCACGCUCCUUGCCGCCAGGCCGCAGCACCCGCUGGCCCGUCGUCCCUGGGAAAUGACAGCCGCCGGGACAUCAAGUUCAGCAUCGACUACAUCCUGUCUACACCAGACCCCUUCCCAGGUUUCGGGCCACCCUGUCACACGCAGGAGGGCAGAGGCCCUUCGCUGGAGCCCCAGCAAAUGAGUCUCUGCUUUUGAGCAGCGUGAGGCCAUGCUGAGGCCAACCCCUGUGCCCUCGGUGGUCCAGACCCUCCCCCGGAAACAGACUUAAAUGCCCCGGAACCCAGAAGCCCGGGUAUCACUGCCUUCACACUUCUUCCCAGGGCACACCCCAGGAUGGAGGGAACAUAGAAGACUGUCUCAUAAGACAUAUUUGCUGAGACACUGCAACUAUCCACUCAGACAAAGUUCCUUGCAGGGAAACCCGCUUGGUUCCAGCCUGAACUUAGGGUUUGCCGUGGAUUCAUGGAGCACCUGCUCUGAGGAGAAAAACCAAGGGAAUGUUCCCUGGAGUAGGGUAGCAUUUCCUUCCAGGUCCUGUGAGAUGUGGCUGCAUAAAUAGCCUUGUCCCGAAGUUGUUGGUGUGUCCCGUAAGCAGCUAGUGAAGCUGGCUAGCUCCUUCCCUGUGCAGAAAGCUAACAGAAGACUUAAAGACAGACAUUAAUUGCCCAUGAAGGGCAGUUACCCCCAGGUUUAGGAUGGGGUCCCUGUUUGCAUGAUGUGAUCAGUGGGAAGAGAUGACCUUCUCUUGUGCAUUGGCAAAAUAUUUUUGGUGACAAUUUUUAAAGUCCCUUGCAGUUUUUAUACAGGAAACAAGGAAGGGUGGGAACGAGGGGCCCAAAUUAGCGGGGGACACUAGGGCAAAGUCUAGUCUUCUGGUUGUUCUGAGAUAGAGGUAGGGGCUCGUUCCAUCUGGGCUGGUUCCUAAAA